AUGGUCACGACCUCUGGCUUCAGCAACACGCCGGUCGCGCGCCUCCUGAUCCUGACGUCUGUCGGCCUGUCCAUCCUUACGUCCACGCUCUCGAUCCAAUACCUCCUCCCCAUACGACCGCACCCGCAUCUCUGGCCCUACCUGCAGGUCUCGCGGCUAUUGACCUACCAGGUCGCCCAUACGUCCUCGACCGAGCUCCUGUUCGCCGCCGUCCUGCUGUACCAGUUCCGCGUGCUGGAGCGGCUCUGGGGCAGCCGCAAGUUUGCGAGUUUUGUUGCUGUAGUGUUCUGGUGCAACCUCGCAGUCGUACCCCUGCUGGUCGUGCUGCUGAAGCUCAUCACCCUGGGCUGGUACAACUACCUCCCCAGCGGCUCGACCGGACUCGUGUUCGCGCUGCUAAGCGCCUGGGCCGAAGAGGUGCCGCGCAUCUACCGGUACAAGAUCGCUACCGGUGGUACCCCAGCUACGGCAGCGACCACCACAGGCAAUAGCGGGCCACAAUCACAAUCGCAACAGCAACAAGUACCUGGUGUGAUCUUGAGUGACAAGUCGACCACGUACCUGCUAGCGGCGCAGUUGGCGCUCAGCCAGUUCCCAUACUCCCUCCUGCCCGCGGCCGUGGGUUGGACGGUGGGCUCGGCGUGGAUGGGCGAGCUGCUGCCUGGUGGACUGGGACGGUGGAGGAUCCCGGCCUGGAUGGUGGGCGAGUCGAGUCGGCGGAAAGAACGGGAUCGAUACGAGGGCCUGCGGCGCCGAUUGGAGGAGGAAGGCAGUUCGGCGGACGGGAUGAGGACUGCCCAAAUGAGAAAACCACCAGCAGCAGCAGCAGCAGCAGCAGCAGCAGCAGCAGAAGAAGAAGAAGAAGAAGAAGAAGAAGAAGAAGAAGAAGAAGAAGAAGAAGAAGAAGAAGAAGAAGAAGAAGAAGAAGAAGAAGAAGAAGAAGAAGAAGAAGAAGAAGAAGAAGAAGAGGAGGAGGAGGAAGAAGAAGAAGAAGAAGAAUAA